AUGAAGCUUCUCAUCUUCCUUUUCUUCCUUCUUCCAACAAGCAGUGCUGCCUAUAUGGUUGGAUCGUUCACCGUCCCAAAGCAGACCCCAAUCUUUUCCCAAGCGGAUCUACUCAAAGCGCUUCAUAAGCCAGGACUCCUCGCUUGGCGUUUCCACAUCCCACCCAACUCGACUCAAUCAUCCAUCUGCCUGAGCGCACUUGAGCCUGUUGCUCGUCUUGCCGAAAGAAGAAAAGCUGAUUUGAGUCUUCGUAUCCAAAUCGAUCAGGACCGUAACAUCAGCAUGGCCUUGAGCAAAUGUGGACUCCAGUCUGCCGUAUCUUCAACCAUAAUGCAGAGUGAAAUCAUCAUUCUUCCACCGAACUACUUCACUGUCAUGUCGAACGUCGGACUUCUCGGAUGCCGCAAAAUCGAAAAACCGUCAGGAGAAAUGUUCAAAAAACCAAUAAGAAAAGCGUUCGAUUCCAGGUUGCUCAUGAUGAUUUUCGGAGAGGGAAAUACCAGCGGAACUAUCUCAGUCAACAUGCUCGAGUACCCCAACAGCGCCAAGAUUGUGAUGGAAAACUUGGUUAUCCACUACUUCUAUCCACUCUUGCUCGGAAUCCUUUUCACUGUCAUCGGAUGCAUGUGCUCCUCCAUGGUCUGCUGCGCCAAAAGACGUUGUUUUGCCACCUGCAGAGGAUACAAGGCUUGGAUCGAGUACUCCCAGUUAAAAGUUGUCUACGGACACAAGGGAUCGGCUGUCUAA